CUCAAUGAUUAAUGAUUGUAGGACAGGCUAUCCACCUUCCUAAUUCCCGUCUACAAUGUUGAAACCAUUCUGACUGGACGAUACAAAACAGGAGCUGGUAUAAUUUACAGCAUCAUCUUAGACUAUUAUAAAACCAGGUGCCUAAGUGAUGAAGAUCUGGUUUCUCCUUCCUCUCCUGUUUCUGGCAUGUUGUUGCCAUGGCACCUUCUCUUGCCCAGCCCUUUGCAAAUGCUACAUAUCCCCAAGAAAAACAGAGGUGGUCUGUAAUGAAGUCCCCCUCACCCAGUUCCCCUCCUACGGUCUUCCAAGCAACACAACCUCCCUCACCAUCCAGUUCACCAACAUCAGCUCCAUCUCAGAACAGCACCUGAGAGCUACACCCCUUCUACAGGAGCUCUACCUGUACAACAACAACCUGAGCACCCUUCCCUCAGAUCUCUUCAGGGGUGUCCCUCACCUGUUCUCGGUGGCUCUCUCGGGUAACGCAUUGGAUCAGCUUCCCGCCAAUGUCUUCAGCCACGCUCCACUGCGUGACCUGGUGCUGAAGAACAACCUGAUCAGCAGUGCGGAUGCUAAUUGGCUCCCUGACAACAGUAACCUCACCUGGCUGGACCUGUCAGGGAACCGUUUGACGGCCGUACCCACAGCCCUGUUCCAGAAACUACGCCACCUGAAGAACCUUGACCUCUCACAUAACCACCUGGAGAAGCUCCCGCCAAAUUCGUUACACCCUCUGACCAAACUGGAGAGGCUGACGCUGGAGGGGAACAAACUCAGCACCCUGGACGUGUCUACCUUCAGUAACAACCUCAACCUGACACACCUGUUUCUUCUGGAGAACCGGCUUGGACAACUGCCACCAACCCUGUUCCAUGGCCUCCCAAACCUGGCGCACCUGAGUCUGGAUGAUAACCUGCUGAGCCACAUCCCUCCUGGUCUGCUGGACCAACUUCACUCCAUUGAUGAGCAGGGGUUGGACCUCACGGUGAACCCUUGGGUGUGCGAUGGCAAGGUGGAGUACCUAUGGAGGUGGCUGCAGAAGAACCAGAAGAAAGCUUUCCUGGCCGAUGACAUCAGGUGUGCCAGACCUGAGUCUCUGAAGGAACGAUCAGUUAUGUCACUAACUGACAGUGAGCUAGGACUCUGAUCCAUCAAACCUUUUUCACUCAGAUUAUGAAUUAUCAGUUUUAAAUGACUUAUCUUGGUGUCCUAUCCUUGCUCUCUAGCACCUUAGUCUGUCAGAAAGGGGUAUAAAUACCCCACCAACUGGCCCCACGUCUUGACUGAAUAAUAUGCCUAUUAAAUAAUGAUGUAUUAAGUCAAAUUGUUGUAAAAGUAGUCAGAUGUUAAAGACUUAAUUAAACACGUACUGAUAUUAAUCUCUGAACAUAACUGAAGGAAAUGCAAACAACAGGCCACCGCAGUCUCUUUGUUCACAUCAACAAUUUAUAUUUGACCUGUUAAAUAUUACCAAAAUUGUCAUGCCCUGACCUUAGAGCCUUUUCUAUUCUCUAUUUGGUUAGGUCAGGGUGUGACUUGGAUGGGCAAAUCUAUGUUUCUAUUUCUUUGUUGGCCUAGUAUGGUUCCCAAUCACAGGCAGCUGUUUAUCGUUGACUCUGAUUAGGGAUCAUACUUAGGCAGACCUUUUUCCCACCUUCAGUUGCGGGAUCUUGAUUUGGUUAGUUCCUGUAUAGCCUGCAUAAGUUUACGGUCGGGUUGUAUUUUUGGUGUUCAUUUGAAAUAAAAGUAAGAUGUUCUCCUA